UAGUCAGACCGGUCUUCUGUGAAUGAAUGAGAAGGAAAAGUAACAAUUACGGUAGUAGGCUAUAACAGAAAAAAAGACAGAGGGACAAUUAUUUUACUUUUGGUAUUUUUUGUUGUUUUAUGCUGCUUCUGUGAUAUUGUGUUCUGUGAGUGUCAGUUUAAUAUUUUUUUCACUCCGAAGCAACCCUUGUUUGUGGUAGCAAAGAUACUCUCAGAGUGCGUGUACGGCUCCUGGCAGAGAGACCAAACACUUAUUCAUGCAUGCAUGUAUAUCACUUUUUCUCAAAACAGAUAAAGGUACUAAAAACCUCACUGAUGUAAGGGGGGGAAAAACACUGAUAGGAAAUUUGAGAAUAAAACCAAUUUAUAAGCUGAUUAAAAAAUAUAUUUUGGACAUCAUAGCCAUGGAGAGGAAGUCAUGGUCGUCCCUGAUCCUGUGUUUAGUAAUAUUUGUGAUCAUGGGCUUGGUGGGAUAUAUACACUUUAAAAAGGAAUUGGUGAACAAACUAAAAAAUGAAGUAGAGUUCUCAGAGGCAGAGGUGAGAGAAAAAGAACUAGAUCUGAAUAAUUACGGUUUAGCAGUUGAACACACACAGAAGGAAAUUGACAAUCCAGAUAAGGAGGUCAAGGAACUUCAGGAUGAGGUCGGGAAAUUGAACUCUGCUAAGGAGGAAAAGGACAAAGAAGUUAAAGCAUGCAAGGACUCAGUGGCGGGGUUGAGUAAUGAUGUUGCAGCCAUGGAGAAGGAGAAGAGUGACAUUGAUGGUAAAAAGACAAAAUGGAAUGAAGAAAUUAAUGGCCUUAAGCAGAAGCUCCAGGACCACAGUCCAGUCUGUGCCUAUGUGAAGACCACUGCAGAAGAUCUCAAGAAAGAACCUACCAUAAAGGAACUUUGCCCUCAAAUUCAAAUUGUAGUUAAAGCAUAACGGAAAGAAAACCAGCAGUCUGAAUUCAAGAC